CACACAGUAAAACAAAAUGGAGCGAAUCUAGAGAAGUUGUAAAAUCUUAAGAGUAAAAUAGCAAGGAGGAAAAAGAAUAAAGAAAAAGAAGCCCCAACUUUUCUUUUCCAGUUUCUUCAAACUCUCUGCAUCAAGAUUCAGAGGACCACAUCUCCAUUAACAUGGAACCAAAACCAGCAACUGAGUCCAAGAAAUCAUCUGUUUGGGUUCUUCCUUACAAGACUCAAAGUCUUCAGAGUCUUUAUACAAUAGGCAAAAAGUUAGGCCAAGGUCAGUUUGGAACAACCCAUCUUUGUACAGAAAAAUCAAGUGGCAAUCUUUAUGCUUGUAAGACAAUACCCAAAAAGAAACUGAUCUGUAAAGAAGAUUAUGAGGAUGUUUGGAAAGAGAUUCAAAUAAUGCAUCAUUUAUCUGAGCACCCAAAUGUGGUAAGAAUAAAGGGUACUUAUGAAGAUGCAUUAUAUGUGCAUAUAGUUAUGGAGCUUUGUGCUGGUGGCGAACUUUUUGAUAGGAUUGUUGAGAAAGGACAUUAUAGUGAAAGAGAAGCUGCUAAAUUGAUUAAAACAAUUGUUGGUGUUGUUGAGGCUUGUCAUUCAUUAGGUGUUAUGCAUAGAGAUCUCAAGCCUGAGAAUUUCUUGUUUCUCAGUUCUGAUGAGGAUGCUGCUCUCAAGGCUACUGAUUUUGGCCUCUCUGUUUUCUACAAACCAGGUGAAACAUUUUCGGAUGUUGUUGGAAGUCCUUACUAUGUUGCCCCAGAGGUUUUAUGCAAGCACUAUGGACAUGAGUCAGAUGUAUGGAGUGCAGGAGUUAUCUUGUACAUAUUACUUAGUGGUGUUCCACCUUUUUGGGCAGAAACUGAUAUGGGAAUAUUUCGUCAGAUACUGCGAGGCAAACUAGAUCUUGAAUCUGAACCUUGGCCUGGAAUUUCAGAUAGUGCCAAGGAUUUGAUACGUAAAAUUCUUGAUAGGAAUCCAAAAAGGAGGUUAACUGCCCAUGAAGUUUUGUGCCAUCCAUGGAUUGUGGAUGACACAAUGGCUCCUGAUAAACCUCUUGACUCUGCAGUUCUUUCACGCCUCAAGCAGUUCUCAGCAAUGAACAAACUAAAGAAAAUGGCUUUACGUGUGAUUGCCGAGAGGCUUUCAGAAGAAGAAAUCGGUGGUCUCAAGGAGCUAUUCAAAAUGUUAGACACAGACAAUAGUGGAACAAUAACCUUUGAGGAAUUAAAAGAGGGUUUGAGGCGAGUGGGUUCUGAAUUGAUGGAGUCUGAGAUCAAGGAUCUUAUGGAUGCGGCAGACAUUGACAACAAUGGAACAAUAGACUAUGGGGAAUUUAUUGCUGCUACUGUUCAUUUGAACAAAUUGGAAAGGGAAGAGAAUCUGUUAUCAGCCUUCUCUUAUUUUGACAAAGAUGGUAGUGGAUACAUAACUAUCGAAGAACUUCAGCAAGCCUGCAAAGAAUUUGGUCUUAGCGAGCUGAAUCUUGAUGAAAUUAUCAAAGAUAUUGAUCAAGAUAAUGAUGGGCAGAUAGACUAUAAGGAAUUUUCUGCAAUGAUGAGGAAAGGCACAGGUGGAGGCGUUGGAAGAAGGACCAUAAGAAACAAUUUGAAUUUAGGAGAAGCACUAGGACUCGUACAGAGUGAAGAAAACUUAUGAACCACCAAUUAAUCAGAACAAGUUCCUGAGUGAUCUUUCUAAUUUCCUUUUGACAUGAAGGUCCAACUAUAGACAUUUAUUUACUACUAGAAGUGUCAGGUUUCUUUGUAUUAAACUUGAUCCCUUCCCCUGCUUUUAUUGAUGGCUGGUUUUUUAACCUCUAUUUGUCCAAGGUUAAGAACUUUAGACUUUUGACACCAGUAACAAAGAGCAAUUUCUUGAA